AUGGCAAUGCAAUUAACAAAUGAAGGUAAACAUGAGUAUGCUUUAAAAUUUUAUGACAAAUCAUUGUCUCUAUUUAACAUAAUUGAUAAGAUAUUUAGCUGGAAAAGUAAUAUCGAUACUAUAAUAUGUAUGGGUCAGUCGGUAAAUUCAAAUUAUUUACAUUUAAUUUAAUAUUGUAUUUAUAAAGAAUCGAAGAAUGAAGUAAAUGUUGUGAUAUGGCCAUAUACUUAAAUCAUUGGAAUGAAGGUACCCAUAACAACAAAGGUAUUUUUAUUAAUAAAUCAUAUUAAUAGGAGUAGUAUGAUAAAAGAAAGGAGUUUACAAUUAAAAUAGACAAUCUAAAUCAAUAUGAAGCUAUCAAAUGCUAUGACAAAGCUAUAUAAUAGAAUCUUAAGAAUGAUACUGCCUAGAAUAAUUAAUGUAUUUUUUGAUUAAAUGGUAUUAAUAGGAUUAGAAUUAUAGAAGAAAUGAGUUGUGAAUAAUUUAAGAUACAUUAUAAUGAACAAUUGAUGAAACCCAGUAAAAUAAAAGGAAAAAGAAAGUUAGAGCUUGAGGCUGAAAAUUGA